AUUGCUGAAUCAGCUCAAAUCUAACGUAUCUAUUGCGUGACCCAUAUUUACGCAAAUCCAUACCAAAAUCCAUGCAAAAGUAAUCAAUUAGCACCCACCCACCUCAACAGAUAAAACUACCCCCUCGUCUUUCUAAGCUUCUCCUUCCACCGCAAUGGAACCCAACAACAGUAAUGAGCCACCAACCACAGCGGCGAUUCCAUGGAGGACACGCCUCGUCGUCUCACUCAUCUCCACGAUGUCCGACGCAGCCCGUCGAGCCGACGGAACCAUCAACCGUCGCCUUCUGAGCUUCUUUGAUUUAAGAUCACCCCCUUCCCCAACCAUACCAAUCCGUUCAGUCAUCUCCGCCGACACCGUAGUCGAUAGCUCCCGCAAUUUGUGGUUCCGCGUGUACACCCCUACAGACGCACCUGAUCAACCUCUCCCGGUGGUGAUAUUCUUCCACGGAGGAGGCUUUUCAUUUCUGAGCGCCGCAACCAAAUCAUACGACAUCGUUUGCAGGAGACUCGCACGCAGGAUCCCCGCCGUCGUGGUGUCCGUGGAGUAUCGACUCACCCCAGAAUACCGCUUCCCUUGCCAAUACGACGACGGCUUUGAUGUCCUCAAAUUCCUGGACCAGGACGCUAGUACGGAAUCAUCGGUGUUGCCUCCGAAUGCGGAUUUAUCGAGAUGCUUCCUCGCCGGAGACAGUGCAGGCGCUAAUUUGGCUCACCACGUGGCGGUUAGGGCAUGCAGGAGCCAAUCAUCCUUUCUCGUGGCAAAGAUUAUUGGAUUAAUAUCGAUACAGCCCUUUUUCGGAGGGGAAGAGAGAACCCAAUCGGAGACCACAUUCAGUGAAACCGGGUCUAUGUUGGUCUCGGUUCCCCGAAGCGACUGGUGUUGGAAGGUGUUUCUGCCAGCAGGUGAGAAUAGAGACCAUUAUGCGGCGAACGUGAGCGGGCCCAACGCGGAGGAUAUAUCGGAGCUGAGUUAUCCGGCAACGCUGGUGGUUGUGAGUGGGUUGGACCCGUUGCAGGAUUGGCAGAGGAGGUACUAUGAAUGGCUGAAGCGAUCCGGAAAAGACGCCACUCUUAUCGACUACCCUAACAUGUUUCAUGCCUUUUACAUCUUCCCGGAGUUGCCGGAGUCCUCCCAGUUAAUGGCUCAGGUCAAGGAUUUCGUUGUUCGAGUCUUGUCUCAACACUGCAAGUUGUAACUCCUACUGCUAUAUAAUUAUAAUUAUAAUUAUAAUUAUUGGAUAAAUGCCGACAGCUCAAUCAAUGCAUUUAACAGCUUCCAUUCAUAGGGUCCUAGCUCUUCAGUAAAUGUAGUCAUUCAAGUUACUGCUCUGAUAUUACCUAAGCUCUCCCGCUUUCACAACUCGACUAUAGGUCAAAUAUCUAAAUUACCUACAAAAGGUCCGGUAUCGGCUUUCUUAA